AUGGCGGCCUUCCUGGUUCGGCUGGGCUGGAUGGGGAGAGGGAUCAGGAUAGUGGGGGGACAUAGGUGGCUCCAAGCGUUGGGCACAGACAGGACAUCGUGUGGGGCGAUGCAUACAGGGGCCCCUGGGAAGGAAGGAGUGGGGCAGGGGCUGAGGGGGGUGCAUACAGGGGCCCCUGGGAAGGAAGGAGUGGGGGGCAGUUCCGGGAGGGGCCCCUGGUUGGCAGCAGGGACAGUGCUUGGGGCCGGGCUGGGGCUCUGGCUCUGGGCCCAUGAGGGUCCCGCUGGGGGGGAGCUGAGAGCAGCUAAGCCGGAUACAGAGGGACCCAACCUGGGGCCCCCGCGUAAUGGCGGCCGGAAGUACUUCAACUUCAUAGCGGAUGUAGCAGAGAGAACUGCCCCGGCUGUGGUGAACAUAGAGAUCCUGGACAGGCACCCAUUCUCCCGGCGGGAGGUGGCCGUAUCCAGCGGCUCGGGGUUCCUGGUGUCCCCGGAUGGGCUGAUAGUCACCAACGCGCACGUCGUGGCCAAUAGGAGGCGAGUGAGAGUCAAACUGUCCAACGGGGAGAGUUACGAGGCGGCUGUGAGGGACGUGGAUCCGGCCACGGAUAUUGCCACCAUUAAGAUCAACCCCAAGGUGCCCCUGCCCACCCUGCGCCUGGGCCGCUCAGCGGAGAUCAGACAGGGGGAGUUCGUAGUGGCCAUGGGCAGCCCCUUCUCCCUGCAGAACACCAUCACGUCGGGCAUCGUCAGCUCCGUGCAGCGAGGGGGCCACGAGCUGGGAUUGGCCAACCGAGACAUGGAGUACAUCCAAACCGACGCCGCCAUCGAUUUUGGGAACUCGGGGGGUCCCCUUGUGAAUCUGGACGGGGAAGUUAUUGGAAUUAACACCAUGAAGGUUGUGCCUGGAAUCUCAUUUGCGAUCCCGUCGGACAGAGUGCGGGAAUUCCUUCAGCAUGGAGAGAAGAGGCGGAGCCAAGGAUCCUUGUUGGGUUCUUCAGAGGUGAAGCGGCGCUACAUUGGGGUGAUGAUGCUCACCCUGACGCCCAAGAUUCUGGCUGAGCUGAAGUUUCGAGAUCCCAGUUUCCCAGAUGUUUCCCAUGGAGUUCUGAUCCACAAAGUCAUUGUCGGUUCUCCUGCCCACGAGUCCGGGCUGAGGGCGGGGGAUGUGGUUCUGGAGAUAAACGCCAAGCGAGCGAUGACGUCGGAGGAUAUUUACGACGCGGUUCACACUCACCCCAAACUCACUAUGAUCGUGCGCCGAGGCUCCGAGUCCUUGAUGGUGACUGUGAUCCCAGAAUGCACAGAGUGAGUUGCCCCAGGGGGGCAGUUAUUGGACAGGAGUUGCCCCAAAGGCCCUGCUUUUCUCACCACUAGAGGCUGAAAGAGAAGUUGCCACGUGGCUUUUUGUGGAUCAGGGAUCUGCACCCCCACCCAAGAACUAGGAGCCCAUUUCUCUCUGAGGAGGAGGAGGAGGAGCCAGUUCUGAACCUCCCCAAAACUGUGAUGAGGGGCGGGGUAUAGAAUUGCAACAAGAAUGUGUAAUGUAGGGGGUGGAGCCAAAACUCCAUUACUGUCUCUUGGUACCGCCCAUUUUUGGUGCAAUGAAGCUACCCGCAUCCAUGUGUAACUGUGUCCUGUUCCAGUGGGUGUAAUGAGUACAGCAAUGUAACCACGCCCCAUGUAACUAUGGCAACACAGAGUGGUUGGGGUGGCCCAAGCCUAAUAUUCAAGGGCAAUAAGGAGGGUUGUAUUUUUUGUAUCAGAAUGUUUCUGGGCAUUGAUUGGCCGACCACAGGUACAGGACCUAUUGCGCAGAACCAUUGGGACCUUGGCGCUAAGUGGAUCCUUCUGGUACCCAGGGCUCAAUUCUAUCCAGCCAAUGGGGUUGUGUUUUCCCACCCGGGACCAGUUAGUGCCAUUGGGCUCUAUGGGAACUGGUAUAAUGGGCCCUAACAGAGUGAUGGGAUGGGAGCCAGUGUUGGGGUAUAUAGGUGUAUGUGGGUCACAUGGUGUGUCUGCAGCCAGCGAAUAGGCCAGCCUGCUGUAAUCGAUUGGCCAGCUCCUGCAAUGAGCCUGGGGGCAGGGGGGUUGUUAUAGGAAAUAGUCACGUGACUUAAGGUGCAACAGGGCUGCAUAUAAUAAGCCCAUUGUCUAUCAACAGGGGGGGCCGUUACUGCCCCCCAGGGACACAUAAAUAGGCCACACAAUAUGCAGGGGUAUCGGUAAUGGCCAAUAAAAUGGGACUGGUAACGCUC